AUUCAGCCUGGGAGACCGCGGUGACAUUCCUGUCUGCGCUGCGGGCAGGCCAGCCUCUCCGGCCCUGAACUAGGGGGCGCCGCCGAGAGAAGCCGCCGCAGGCUGCAGAGUCGCCGACCGCGCUGUUCGCAGGCAGACCCCGGGCUGCCCACCGCGGCCUAGCGCGCGCCGGAUGGCAGGAGAAGUGUCCGCGGCCACGGGCCGCUUCUCGCUGGAGCAGUUGGGCCUCCCGGGCCCGGCCCUUGCAGCGGCCCUGCUGCUCCUGGCUCUCUGCUUGCUCGUCCGGCGCACCAGGAGACCCGGUGAGCCUCCAUUGAUAAAAGGUUGGCUUCCUUAUCUUGGAGUGGCCCUGAACUUACGAAAAGACCCCUUAAGUUUCGUGAAAACCCUUCAAAAGCAACAUGGUGACACUUUCACUGUUCUUCUUGGUGGAAAGUACAUAACAUUUAUCCUGGACCCCUUCCAGUACCAGCUAGUGAUAAAAAAUCAUAAACAAUUAAGCUUUCGAGUAUUUUCUAAUAAAUUAUUAAAGAAAACAUUUAGCAUCAGUCAGUUGCAAAAAAAUCAUGACAUGAAUGAUGAGCUUCACCUCUGCUAUCAAUUUUUGCAAGGCAAAUCUUUGGACAUACUCUUGGAAAGCAUGAUGCAGAAUCUAAAACAGGUGUUUGAAUCCCAGCUGUUAAAAACCACAAGCUGGGACACGGCACAACUGUAUCCAUUCUGCAGCUCAAUAAUAUUUGAGAUCACAUUUACAACUAUAUAUGGAAAAGUUAUUGUUUGUGACAGCAACAAAUUUAUUAGUGAGCUAAGAGAUGAUUUUUUAAAAUUUGAUGACAAGUUUGCAUAUUUAGUAUCCAACAUACCCAUUGAGCUUCUAGGAAAUGUCAAGUCUAUUAGGAAGAAAAUUAUAAAAUGCUUUUCAUCAGAAAACUUAGCCAAGAUGCAAGGAUGGUCAGAAGUUUUUCAAAGCAGGCAAGAUGUCCUGGAGAAAUAUUAUGUGCACGAGGACCUUGAAAUAGGAGCACAUCAUUUAGGCUUUCUCUGGGCCUCUGUGGCAAACACUAUUCCAACUAUGUUCUGGGCAAUGUAUUAUCUUCUGCGGCACCCAGAAGCUAUGGCAGCAGUGCGUGACGAAAUUGACCGUUUGCUGCAGUCAACAGGUCAAAAGAAAGGGUCUGGAUUUCCCAUCCACCUCACUAGAGAACAAUUGGACAGCUUGAUCUGCCUAGAAAGCACCAUUUUUGAAGCUUUACGACUGUCCUCAUAUUCAACCACCAUGCGUUUUGUUGAGGAGGAUUUGACUCUCAGUGCAGAGACCGGAGACUACCGUGUGCGAAAGGGAGACUUGGUAGCCAUCUUUCCUCCAAUCCUACAUGGUGACCCUGAAAUCUUUGAAGCUCCAGAGGAGUUUAGAUAUGAUCGUUUUAUAGAAGAUGGUAAGAAGAAAACCACCUUUUUCAAAAGAGGGAAAAAGCUGAAGUGUUACCUAAUGCCGUUUGGAACUGGAACCAGCAAAUGUCCAGGCCGAUUUUUUGCACUUAUGGAAAUAAAGCAAUUAUGGAGUCUUGCUCUGUCGCCCAGGCUGGAGUCCAGUGGCAUGAUCUCAGCUCACUGCAACCUCCACCUCCUGGGUUCAGGCAAUUCCCUUGUCUCACCCCUCCGAGUAGCUGGGACUACAGGCACCCACCACUAUGCCUGGCCAAUUUUUGUAUUUUUAGUAGAGACGAGGUUUCACCACAUUGAUCAGGCUGGUCUCAAACUCCAGACCUCAGGUGAUCCACCCGCCUUGGACUCCCGAAGUGCUAGGAUUACAGAUAUGAGCCACCGCACCCGCCCCCAUCUUUUCAUUUUUAUAGCUUCACCUAAGUUUUGAAUUAAAAGAAAUAAAUAAUUAAUACCCAAGAUAUUGUUUUAUAUCAAUGACCAACAGUAAUGAAAUGCUCAGUUAGCAGAAACUAAAGCCCUGAAGUGGUUAAGAAAAAGCUACCUAUCACUAAAUCAGACAUGCUUAUAAGCAACCUAGAAGAAAACUUAUCUGCCUUGUUUUGGCUUUCCUGCCAUACUUCUUUAUUUCAUCUCCAUUUUAUAAUUAAGUUUUGGGUCACAAGUCUAAGGCAAAGGAGCUUCCAUACUGAAAAUCUACAUUUUUAAUGCUUAUUUUAUCAUAAAAAAUAAUUUGGGUAACAUUUUCUGCAAGCGACUUCUAGCUUAACAGUAGAAGUUUAAAUCUGUUCAAAGACCAAAGCACAAAAUUUAUCUAGGUUUUGAUCCUAGUAUAAAAGAAUGGCAAUAAUGAUGUGAACAAGAAUUACAUGCCCUUAGAAUGUGCACUUUUUAACCUAUUAAAUUUGCCAAUCUUGCAAACUAUUAUUUACUUGCAUUGCAUAAUUAGAUACUCAUAUUAACAUACUGAAUUAAGAAAAAGUUAGCAAGCCAAGAUGACAUUCUCUGUAGCACUAUUUUAAAUUAUAAUGAAUGAUCACAUAAAACUCUUUGUAUUUAUCUAAAGUAAUCAUUACUCUACUUCAUUUGUUUAUCUAAAUCAGUGAUCAUUGAUGUUUGAACUUUUUUGGCUUAAAUUUUUUUUAUACUACUUGCUAGAGUAAAAUAAAUUUAAUACAUGAAAAACUCUAGACAAUUUAAAAUAGGUUAUAAUUUGUCAAUGCUUAUGCUUUAAAAUAUUUUUAGAAAGAGGAGUGCUGUGUAUUAUUAAAACGAUUUUCUGAAAUUAUUUGUUUAAUACUAUCUUUGAUUUUAAAAUGACAUAUAUGUGGAUUUACAAUGAAUCAAAUUGUCUUAAAAGAUGUCAGAUAAGAAAUGCAAGUACUUUGCAAGUCUAAUACUUCAUUUUCUUUUAUGUACAACAAAAAUUUAAUAAAUUAACUUUUAAAGCA